CGUGUCCCAUCCCAUACAUACUUUCAUCAUAAAUAUUUCUAAAACUCUCUCGAGCAAUAUCUCUCUAAUUCUAUAAAUCUCUUCCCAUGGUUAAGUUGCAGGCUUAGCUCCAACCAGUAUUAAAGCAUCAUAUCUUUGUAGUCUGGAGGGAAAAGAUUUCUGGGUUUUGGUUGCAAUUAAGAAAUAGAAAUGUUGUGGCAGAAGAAGCAGCGUUUUAAUUGGGUAGUGCAGAUGCUAGUUGCUGUGGGAUUAGUACUAGUUGUGAUUGGAGCUAGUAAUUUGCAGACUGUGGAAGGAAGGCCUCACAGGAUUCUUGUCGAUACAGAUGUCGAUACCGAUGAUUUCUUUGCUCUCUUGUACCUCUUGAAGCUUAACAGAUCAGAGUUUGAGUUGGAGGCAGUGACUGUGAAUGCAAAUGCUUGGACCAAUUCUGGGCAUGCUGUGCAUCAAAUCUAUGACAUUUUGUACAUGAUGGGGCGUGAUGACGUGAGAGUUGGAGUGGGUGGUGAAGGUGGGAUCAAAGAAGAUGGUACAAUUUUGCCAAAUGUUGGUGGAUAUCUUCCAAUUAUCGAACAGAGGACUACAACAGCAGGAGGAUGCAGAUAUAGACAAGCCAUUCCUGUAGGUGCUGGAGGUCGAUUGGAUAUUGAUUCUAAUUUUGGCCUCAGAAAAUCAUUUCUCCCCCAGGGCAGCAGGAGAUAUACUCCCCUUCGACAACCUACUGCUCAGCAAGUGAUGAUUGACAAAAUAUCUGGAGGUCCCAUUACUGUAUUUCUGAUAGGAGCACACACAAACUUUGCUCUUUUCCUUAUGAGCAAUCCACACCUAAAGAAGAAUGUUGAGCACAUUUAUGUCAUGGGUGGUGGUGUGAGAUCGAAAAACCCUACUGGUUGUUGCCCGGAAAAUUCCACGUCGUGUGUUCCUCGGCAGUGUGGUGAUCCUGGCAAUGUCUUCACAGACUACACUAGUAAUCCUUACGCAGAGUUCAAUUUCCUUGGUGAUCCCUUUGCUGCGUACCAGGUUAUACAUUCUGGGAUUCCAGUCACCCUUGUUCCUCUGGAUGCAACAAAUACCAUUCCCAUUAGUCAAAACUUCUUUGAUGCCUUUGAGAAGAGCCAGAACACAUAUGAGGCACAAUAUAUCUUCCAGUCCUUGAAAAUGGCUCGUGAUACUUGGUUUGAUGAUCAAUUCUACACGAGCUAUUUCAUGUGGGAUUCAUUCACAGCUGGUGUGGCGGUAUCAAUCAUGCGAAACAACUCGAAUAAUCCUAAUGGAGAAAAUGAGUUUGCGGAAAUGGAGUAUAUGAAUAUAACUGUGAUUACUUCAAAUGAACCUUAUGGGGUAACUGAUGGCUCUAAUCCUUUCUUUGAUGGCCUCAAAGUUCCAAAGUUCAACCUAGACAAAAAUGGUGUGCAUAGUGGUCAUGUUCAAAAGGGACUAAGAGAUCCAUUUUGCAUUGGGGAGAAUGGCAAAGGGAAAUGCAAGGAUGGUUAUACAGAAGAAGUAACAGGAUCAGAGGCAGUGUCUGUGCUUGUUGCUACAAAAGCCAAACCAAAUCAGGACCCUCAAAGCUCACUUGACAGAGAAUUCUUCAUAAGUUUCUUGGAUGUUCUGAACAACCCUCAACAAAAAGGGAGAUUCAAUUUAACAACCCAAUUUCCAUUUUACAAGGAAGUUACAUACAAACCAGAAUUUGGAAACAGAAAACUUGGAAAACCUGUUGUCUUUGACAUGGAUAUGAGUGCUGGAGACUUUGCAGCUCUCUUCUACCUCCUCAAAGUACCUAUUGAAGUGAUUAAUCUCAAGGCAAUCAUAGUAAGCCCAACCGGGUGGGCAGAUGCUGCAACAAUAGAUGUGAUUUAUGACUUGCUGCAUAUGAUGGGCCGUGAUGACAUCCCAGUAGGUCUUGGAGAUGUAUUUGCUACAAACCAGUCUGAUUCAAUCUUCUCUGCUGUUGGAGACUGCAAAUACCUGCAGGCCAUCCCUCAUGGCAAUGGUGGAUUGCUGGACUCGGACACUCUCUACGGCCUUGCUCGCGAUUUGCCACGAAGCCCACGAAGGUAUACAGCAGAAAAUUCUUUAGAAUUUGGAGCCAUUCGGGAUACAGAUCACCCUGAACUCAGGCAACCACUAGCAUUGGAGGUUUGGAAAGCUGUGGUGAAAACACUAGAUCCAGGAUCCAAGAUUACCAUACUGACCAAUGGACCCUUGACUAAUUUAGCAAAGAUCAUUUCGUCGGAAAAGAAUACCACCUCUCUAAUACAGGAUGUAUAUAUUGUUGGAGGGCAUCUCAGGAGCAAUGACAGGGACAAAGGAAAUGUGUUUACAAUUCCUUCCAAUGACUAUGCAGAGUUCAAUAUAUUUCUUGACCCUUUGGCUGCAAAAACAGUCUUUGAGUCCUCACUUAACAUCACACUCAUUCCCCUUGGCAUCCAGCGCGAAGUUAGUUCAUUCUCGAAAAUCUUAGAAAGGAUGCGCUGGAAGAAGAAGACACCUGAGGCCAAUUUCACCCGGCGUUUGCUGUCAAGGCUCUACCGUUUGCAGCAAUUGCACCAUAGAUAUCAUCACAUGCAAACUUUUUUGGGGGAAAUUCUUGGAGCAGUUCUCAUAGCUGGUGAUUCCCAUCUGAAUGAAACCUUCCAAGUGAAGCCCAUCAAGGUUUAUGCUGAAGGUGUUGAAUCCAGUGAUGGACAGCUUAUGAUCGACGAAAAUCAAUGGAAACUGGUCAGAUUAUUGGACAGUGUAGAUCCUGAGGCCUAUUACGAUCUUUUUGCAGACCGGCUUAGUGAUUCAAACCAGUCUGCUGUAUUAGCUAGUUUCGAAGAGCAAGUAAACUUCUGGCGGAAGCCUCCAAAUCAGUCCGGCACUGCUCCGUAACAUGUAGAAAUUUGAAUGAACAAAGUAGAGAUUCUGCUUCAAAUAUAGCACAAAUGGCAAAAACAAAGAAAGGAAUACGAAACGGAAAAUGCCAUUGGAAUUGUUCAUUGGCUUAUUUGUUUGACAAGGUAAAUUGUUCAUUGAUGAUUCACUGUACUUGCACAGAGGGGAACCUGCUACAUCAUAUUUUUAUAAUGCACAAGUUGCCACUACUAAAAGUAAUUAUAACAAUAAUUGAUCUCA